AUGUUCACGUUAGGGCUGGUGAGACGUUUCAGCGCGGUGCGCGCGCUGCUGCAGUCGUCGGUUAAGGAGGGCACGCCGCUGAACAUCCAGGUGUUCAAAGCAGGAAAGCCCGCUGUCGCGCUCAAGGACGAGGAGUACCCGGACUGGCUGUGGACGCUGCUCGACAAGGAGGCCCAGGAGGCCCAGCUCAAAGCCACCGACGAGUUCCGAUACAUGAGAAAGCAGGCCAAGAAGGUGCACAGACAGAAGCUGAAGCAGAACAAUUUCCUCGCGCAGCUGCGCAAGUGA